AUGUGGCUCCCGUCCGAUCUCUCGCACAUCUGCAUCGUGGGCGGCGGCAACGCCACGCACGUCCUCUCCGCCCUGCUAUGUGCCUCCUCUGCGGAGCUGCACGUCUCCAUCCUGGCUCCCUUCCAGGACGAGGCCGAGCGCCUAUCCGCCUCGCCCGGCAUCACGCUGGACCAGCCGGACGGCUCCACGCUCACGGGCAAGCCGCAUCUCAUCACCGCCUCCCCCGCCGCCGCCCUUGAGAAAGCCCGCCUCGUCAUCCUCCCGCUCCCGCUCUUCGCCGUUCCCGCCGUGUGCGACCUCAUCGCCCCGCAUCUCGCCCACGGCGCAUGGGUCGCCUUCUUCCCCGCCCAGGGCGGCGUCCAGUGGCUCGCCGCAGAUCUGCUCGGCCUUCGCAAGAACCGCCCCGAUCUCAAGCUCUUCGGCCUGGACAAGCUCCCGUACAAUUGCAGGAUCCUCGAGUUUGGCAAGCGCGUCCGCGUCUUUGGCUACAAGGAAAGACUCAAGCUCGCGUGCUACCCCAAUGACCCCGUGCUCGCAAAGCGCAUGUGCUCUACUGUCAGCGCCAUCAUCCCUAGGCUCCAGCUCAGCCCAGCUCCAAACUUCCUGCUCGCUACCCUCGCCCCUGGCAAUCAGUGCAUUCAUCCGGCGAGAAUGUACUCGCUGUUUAAGGACAACACCACCCGGAAGACCGUCCCCAUGUUUUACGACAUGAAGUCGUACGACGAUGUCAAAUACAUCCAGCUCGUCUCCGAUGAGGUCCAAGCCAUCUCCAGGGCCAUCGAGAAGGUCGCCAAGGGCAUGGGCUUGACUCUCGACUUGUCGGGCGUCCUCGAUGUCGGCGACGCUGUCCUUGCCGCAUACGAUGACGUCAAGGACACUUCGUCCCUCAUGACCAUCUUCUCGACUUGCAAGGGCUUCGAGGGCAUCGGCACACCGAUGAAGAAGGUCAUCAAGGACGGCGAGCCCAUCUACCAGGUCGACUGGCACUCGCGCUACUUCACGGAGGAUAUCGCCUCGCUGUGCGUGCUGCACGGCCUGGCCGAGAUCGUCGACGUCCAGGUCCCGACCAUCGAUCUGCUCAUUCGCUGGGCACAGGUCCACAUGGACGAUGGCGAGUACCAGUUCGUCACGGAGGACGGCUCGCUCAACACCGACCGCAAGAAGCUCAUGUACUCUCCGCAGUACUGGGGCAUCACUGACAAGGAGCAGCUCGUCCGCUUCCACGCCGAGGUGCAAUCCGAUUCCACCGCCGAUCCCAACGGAACGGCCACAACUGACACUACUAGCUAAAGGCUGGUCGUCGCCACAUAUGCGCGCGCACCCGCGCCGAGCUGGGCGUGCUUGGUUUUGAGACGCGCGGCCGACCAUUCCUUUCAUGUACUCUUUCGAACCCGUUUUCUUUCUAUCUCUUUCUCUCUGUUUACGGAAAACGCCUAGCCUCGCACUCCGCGUCUAAUUCCUCUCGCUUUUUUUGUUUUUGUUUUACUCGUAAAACUCUUUCUCUCGCUCGUUCUGCCCUGUACGGUUGGGUCCGUGCUGAGGGGGGUUACUUCAUCGUCCAA